UAAGGAAGCGGGCCUUUAGCAGUCGACUGUGAUUCGGAACCCAGUAUACCUAACGGUCUCUAGCCUCCUCGAAACCUAGUAGACCUUAAGGUCUCUAUCCUUCUCCACACUAAGGUAGAACAUAAGAACCACGGACCCGGAGAAUACUGCAGGGCGCAAUCCAUAAGUGCCCGACAACAACCCUACCAGCACGAGAACAGCAUCGCACGCUUUGAGAGGACCGUUACAUGACCCGAAGCCCAGCUACACCAAAGGACGGUUUCCCACGGCACACACCGACCACGAAACAUAUCUUUAAACUCUGUAAUCAUCUGAAGUAAGAAUAAACCCCAAGAAGAAGUAGAAAAAAUCGAAAUGUCGGAGCAGGUACAUCUGUCAGCUCAAGGUCGAACACAAGGACCACCGACCUUGGAUUUACUACGCUGCGAUGGAUUCCAAAUAUGGGCGGAAAUAUGGAUCGGAGAAAGGAAAGCAAAUGGAGUGGUAGCCACAGGAACCUCUAUGAGCGCAAUAAGCAAAAAUAAAUAUGAAGAGUUAAGGAGCCAGGGAAGGUGGAGCAAGACGGUGGAGGAACUAACCCUAGCAAACGGGACAAGUCAGAAAGCGGUCGGAGAUUUCACCACCACAAUUCGAUUUGCAGGCGAAGAGUUCGAGCUUAUGUUCCUAAUUCUGGACCAAGUACAAGGCGGGAUAUUGCUGGGAAUGGACUUCCUUGCAAAAACCCGAACUGUACUACAUUGCGGUAAUCUGGAGUUGAAUAUCACGGAACCAUUAAAAACUUUCAAGCAGGAGGAAUCGGAACAUACUGAGGAAGGAGCUGAACCAAUCGAAGAGGAGAACCAAACAUUCCCGGAAAAAGAAGAUACCAAAGAGUGUGGUAUGAUCACAAACGACAUGGGUUGGACUGUUCCGGCGGACGCCAUCAUCUCGGCCCAGGCGGUCAAAGAAAUCAUAGAAGCAGGGCAGAGAAAAAAAAUUGGGAAGAAAAAGUCCAUACUGUUGAAAGAUAAAGAUGAGACGUGGAGUGUGUUAUUCGGACGCGGGCGCAGGGUCACAGUGAAACGUUUCAAACGCCAGCGGCAGCCAUCGCCGACUGCUGUCACCACGGAGAUGGACCCCCACUCGGUUAACCAAGUCGGCUCCGCCCGCUGCUCAAGACAGCAUCCACCGCAUCCACCUGUGGUUGGAUCGCCGCUCGGUAGACCGAAGAGUCUCUUCUCCACAGCGUAUAUCCCAGAAGUGCGCGACCGCAACCCUGCCCUUCCGAGAACUCCAUCGCACGCUAGCCGUGCUCUGAAACGAACUUUACACAACCGGAAGCCCUACUACACCGAAGGACGGUAUCCCAUGGCAACCACCAACCACGGGACACAUCUUUAAAUCCACCUGUUGUUGGAUCGCCGCUCGGUCAACCGGAGAGCCAAACCUGCGUAUAUUCCAGAGGUGCCCGACCGCAACGCUGCCCUCUGGACAACUCCAUCGCAUGUCAGCCGCGCUCUGAGAGGAACGUUACACAACCCGGAGCCCUGCUACACCCAAGGACAGUAACCCACGGCAAACAACCUAUCUGUUUUACAAUACAAUAUCCCCCGGCGCCAAAAUGAUCAGAGCUGUCUUGCCCUCCUUGGUGGACUUACACCUGGCCAGCAGAAUGGAGUGCAGAUGAAGGUUCACCCUACUCAGUGAGCUCCUCAAAACCGACAACAUCCUAACCCGAAUAUUGAAAGAGACACGUCAAGUAUUUAGUUAAAUAUAUUUUUAUUGAACAAAAAUGAAUUGUA